UCCGCAGGCUUCCCCAAUCUAGGGGACUCAGCGCCGGGACGCUGCUAUGGACGACAUUUUCACUCAGUGCCGGGAGGGCAACGCAGUGGCCGUUCGCUUGUGGCUGGACAACACGGAGAACGACCUCAACCAGGGGGAUGAUCAUGGCUUCUCCCCCUUGCACUGGGCCUGCCGAGAGGGCCGUUCUGCUGUGGUUGAGAUGCUUAUCAUGCGGGGGGCACGAAUCAAUGUGAUGAAUCGUGGGGAUGACACUCCCCUGCACCUGGCAGCCAGUCAUGGACACCGUGAUAUUGUGCAGAAGCUGCUGCAGUAUAAAGCUGACAUCAAUGCAGUGAAUGAGCAUGGAAAUGUGCCCUUGCACUAUGCUUGUUUUUGGGGCCAAGAUCAGGUUGCAGAGGACCUGGUGGCUAAUGGGGCCCUUGUUAGCAUUUGUAACAAGUAUGGAGAGAUGCCUGUGGACAAAGCCAAGGCACCUCUGAGAGAGCUCCUCCGAGAGCGGGCAGAGAAGAUGGGCCAAAACCUUAACCGUAUUCCAUACAAGGACACAUUCUGGAAGGGAACCACCCGCACUCGGCCCCGAAAUGGGACUCUGAACAAACACUCCGGCAUUGACUUCAAACAGCUCAACUUUCUGGCGAAGCUCAACGAGAAUCACUCUGGAGAGCUAUGGAAGGGCCGUUGGCAGGGUAAUGACAUCGUUGUGAAGGUGUUAAAGGUUCGAGACUGGAGUACAAGGAAGAGCAGGGACUUCAACGAGGAGUGUCCCCGUCUCAGGAUUUUCUCGCAUCCAAAUGUGCUCCCAGUGCUAGGUGCCUGUCAGUCUCCACCUGCUCCUCACCCCACCCUCAUCACACAUUGGAUGCCAUAUGGAUCCCUGUACAAUGUAUUACACGAAGGCACCAAUUUCGUUGUGGACCAGAGCCAGGCUGUGAAGUUUGCAUUGGACAUGGCAAGGGGCAUGGCCUUCCUACAUACAUUAGAGCCCCUCAUCCCACGACAUGCACUCAAUAGCCGUAGUGUAAUGAUUGAUGAGGACAUGACUGCCCGAAUCAGCAUGGCCGACGUCAAGUUUUCCUUCCAGUGCCCUGGGCGUAUGUAUGCACCUGCCUGGGUGGCCCCUGAAGCUCUGCAGAAGAAGCCUGAAGAUACAAACAGACGCUCAGCAGACAUGUGGAGUUUUGCAGUGCUUCUGUGGGAACUGGUGACACGGGAGGUACCAUUUGCUGACCUCUCCAACAUGGAGAUUGGAAUGAAGGUGGCACUGGAAGGCCUUCGGCCUACCAUCCCACCAGGCAUUUCCCCCCAUGUGUGUAAGCUUAUGAAGAUAUGCAUGAAUGAAGACCCUGCUAAGCGGCCCAAGUUUGACAUGAUUGUGCCUAUCCUGGAGAAGAUGCAGGACAAGUAGAGCUGGAAAGCCCUUGCCUAAACUCCAGAGGUGUCAGGACACGGUUAGGGGAGUAUGUCUCCCCAAAGCAGCAGGCCUCUGGUUGCCUCCCCUGCCUCCAGUCAUGGUACUACCCCAGCCAUGGGGCCCAUCCCCUGCCCCCAUCCCUACCACUGCAGCCCCCAAAGGGGCUAGGCUCAGAGCUUUGUCACUUGCCACACGGUAUCUCCCAGCAUGGGAGGGACCAGCCCUGCCUGUCACAAUAAAGUUUAUUAUGAAAACA